GCAAGCACGCUCGGCGGAGACGAGAAGACGCACUCAAGUUCCUGGUCUACAAAGCUGUCCUCGCUGGGUCCACAGGACCCCUGCAAGUCAGUAUUGACUUGGUCGUCACGAUGAACGUGUUCCAAGUACUGUGGCUCCUUACCGCAGUCGUCACGUCGGUACAAUGGGCACAUGCUAAAGACGAGUGUGUCGUCGUGACACCAAAUGCGCUGCGACUCGGAGCCAGCGAAACCGUGGUGGCCAUCGUGAGCGGCCAACGGCAGCGGGUGCGCGUGUCGCUUCAGAGUCACCCGGUGGGACGCGCCGCUUUCUUCGAGACGACGUUCGACGUGGCUCCAGGCAAACCGACCACUGCGGAGGUGUCCGUAAAGCCCGACGAUCUGUCCGAGUUGCAGCUGUCUAAGGAAGAGGUGCAGGUGACCCUGACGGUGCAGUGCGGGACACUCUGGACGCGCCAGGUGCUCCUCGCCGUGAGUGGAUCUUCGGCCGAUCUCCUUUUCCUGCAGACGGACAAGCCAAUCUACCAUCCAGGCUCCAACGUCCACAUCAGGUUCAUCGCCCUAAAUGGAUCACUGCUCCCAGCGUCAACGCCGUUCAAGCUUGAAGUCAGGAAUCCACAAAAUGUGGUAUUGGAGGAGAAGAACUUCGUUCCUGACCGAGAACUUAUGCUCAGCCACCAGUUCAUAGUGCCGAAACACACUGUCCUCGGGGAAUGGAAGCUGGUCAUGCGUUACGGACACAAGCUUCAGCAAAACACGACUGCUACAUUCGCCGUGGAAAAAUAUGUGCUCCCGCGGUUUUCAGUGACCUUGAAAACAGUUGACUACAUCCUGCCAGACUUCAACAACAUCACUAUUAAUGUUCGAGCAAAGUUCGUCAACAAACAAUACGUCCGGGGCGUUGUUUCCUUCCGAUUUUCUGUCAAGAACGAGCUGGGCCCCGUGGAGGAGAUCGGCACCAGUGGCAUGCCUAAGACGCUGCAAUCCGGCGACGCCGUGUACACGCUGGCACGGGGCGAAGUAGUCGACAGGCUGGGCGAGCGAAGGCUAGGCGCCCUCUUCGAGGCGCGCGCUCGUCUCGUGGUCGAGGCGACGGUCAUCGAGGAGGCGACGGGAAUACGGGAGACUUCGCGCAGCGAGCAGGCCGUCUUCUCCACGUCACCGUUCCUGGUGUCGACGGCACGGAGCGAGAAGAGCUUCAAGCCGGGAGCAAAGUUCUACGUAACGGCGGAUGUGACGUACGCCAACGGUGAGCCCGCAGCGAAUGUGCCGACUAAGCUGACGUGCGAAAACUGCCACGUCUCGUCUACGACCUACAGCACCAAUGAAAACGGUGUUGUGACUUUCUUCGUCGCCUCCAGGACUAACGACACGGGAUUCAAAUUCAUGGUGGAAACCGCUGAUCCAAAGUAUAGAGCCAAGCAGCAAGCUCGAAACGAAUUCUCGAUGAACUUGUACCGGGACAACUCUGGUAAAUAUAUGUUCAUCCAGAGGAAGGACCCCAAGACGCUGUUCAAGGUUUACUCAACAUUUGAGGCAAUACUGUUCACAUCUCAGAAAAUCCAAGUGAUGUCAGCCUACUACGUGGUUUUGUCCCGAGGUCGUGUGCUGAAAGCAGGCAAAGUCGCCACGGGACCCAACGUGCUCGAGCACAGGGUGACUUUCAUCGUGACACCGGAAAUGUCACCCAGCUUCCGGGUCCUUGUGGUCGGUUUCCUGGAUGGACAGCUCGCCACAGACGCCAUUUACGUCAACGCCGAACCAACCUGCACCAAGGGCUCGCACUUUACGUUGGAGAGGGAGCACCGUAACGAAAUGCUGGAGCCUGGCGCCUCGGAGACGCUGGUACUGAAGGGCAAGGCCGGGACGCGAGUCGGCCUGCUGGGUGUGGACCAGGCAGUGUACCUGCUGAGACGAAAAGACCUACUCACGCGAAGAAAGGUGUUCCAGUCCAUGGAAGCGAAGGACCUCGGCCGCGGACUGGAUGCUGGCACAGCAGCGCUGCAUGCACUGGCAAACUCGGGUGUCGCAGUGCUUGCUGCCCAGGGAGCGUACGGCGGAGCAGGGGAUGAUCGACGACGCGCAAAGCGGGACGUUACCUCCAACAUUUUGGAAGGAUUCCAGGACGAGACGCUCCGCAACUGCUGCUCGAGUGGCCUCCAGAAGGACCCCUUCCUGCGCAGCUGCUCGGAGCGCGAGGAAGCCCUGCGCAGCUACUUGAUUGCCGGCAGCGCUCUCUACUCGGACAAGUGCGUCGAAGCAUUCUUCACGUGCUGCAAGCAAGUCGAAGACAAUCAACCCGUCGGAAGAUCGAACGACGAAGUCGCCGACGUGCUCGGAAACAGUGGUUUCGACUUCAGUGGCAAAGAACGGCGGGACUUUAGGGAGACGUGGCUAUUUCAAGAAUUGACAAUUGGUGAGGGUCAGAAGACAACCUACGAGGUGUCCCUGCCUGAUACCAUCACAACCUGGGAGCUGAGUGCCGUGAGUGUGGCGCCAUCCGGCGGCAUCUGCGUUCACGACCCGCUGGAGAUUCGCGUCUUCAAGAAGUUAUUCGUCGAAGUCAACCUGCCGUACUCUGUCAUUAAGAACGAGCAGGUCGAAAUUCCGGUGACGGUGUAUAACUACGACAGGAGUGAACAGGUGGUGCGAGUGGUGAUGCUUGGAACGAGGGACGUGUGCUCGGGCGCCAAGGAAGGCAAGCCCUCCGCGGUACGCAAGCUCACAGUGCCCAAGGGACAGGGUCGCACGGUGAUGUUCCCCGUGGUGCCACUGGCUGCCGGUGAAAGAGAGAUCCACGUGGUAGCCGUCAGCGACUCGUCAGCCAAGGACGCUGCUAAAGUGACGCUCAGGGUAGAGCCGCCCGGUGUGCGCAAGGAGGAAAGCUUCAACCUCAUCCUCGACCCAGAAAACACACAGAAACGGAAAGAGCGAGACGUCAAUACUACACACGGGUACACAGAAACGUUUGCUGUCGGAGGCAAACAGCUCAUCCAAAUUCAGCGGCCUCGCAGAUCUCCCCAAGAGGUCAUCCCUGGAUCCGAACGCUGCGAAAUCGACAUCAUCGGCGACGACAUGGGUGUCGCGCUAGAGGCGUCAGUCAAGAGCCCGGAAAGUCUACUUCGGAUGCCGUCAGGGUGCGGUGAGCAGACCAUGAUCACAUUGGCACCAACGCUGUACGCCUACGAAUAUCUGAAGACCGCAGAUCUCAUUUCUUCCCAGGACGAAGACAGGGCGCUUGGCUUCAUUCGAAGCGGGUAUCAACGCAUGCUCACUUUCCGAAAAUUGGAUGGAUCGUUCUCGGUCUGGAAUACUUACACAUCCAGUCUGUGGCUUACAGCCUUCGUGGUGCGAAGUCUGUGCGAAGCGCGCAAGUCCGUCCUCAUCGACGAGAACGUCCUCACCAGCGGCCUCCACUACAUACUAACCCAACAGCAACAAGACGGACGGUUCCACGACAUUUCGAAAUUAAUCCACGGCGACCUACUGGGCGGCGUGACUGGACCACUUCCACUUACGGCGUAUACUCUGCUUACCCUUCAAGAAUGUGCCAAAGAUGGCAUUAAGGUGCCAGGGCUAAAAGAGUCCUAUGAGAAAGCUACCGCUUUCAUUGGGAAAGAACUGGAGCGGGACCAGCCGGCUUACGAAACAUCUCUGGCAGCCUACGCUCUCUCUCUCGGUGACAGCCCCGCCAAGAACAACGCCAUCCGCAAGCUUCGCAGCAUUCUGCAACCAGGCCAACGCGGUGGUCAGUACGUGUCCGCUGGCAGCGAUCCCUUGUCGGUGCAGGCCACGUCGUACGCACUCAUGGCGCUCCUCAAGGUUGGUGAGAGCAGAGACACCGUCACCGCCCUUGUGCAAUGGCUCAACCUACGCAUGAACCCCAGCGGGUCGCUUAGCACCAGUCAGGACACUGUAGUGGCGCUGCAAGCGCUGUCCAAGUACGCCAUCUACGCCCGGAACGCAGGCAUCGACUUGACCUGCGAGGUGACGCUCAGCGGUGACAAGGCGUUUAACCGCACCGUGCGCAUCAAGCGAGACAACGCCCAAGUGCGCAACAGGAUAGAGAUCCCGCAAUUCGAAGACAAGAUUUUCCUGAACGUUAAAGGGUCUGGAACGGCGACCAUGUACUUUGUUACAAGCCACGACGAGCCUGUCGGUGCCGAAUUCUUGUGCAAGUUCAAGCUAGACAUCGACUUCCGGCAAAACAAAGUGUCUAUUAAAGAAGCGUUGAAAGAUGGCAAGGGCUUCAAGGAGACGUACGCAAUGAAAGUUUGUGCGAGGUCCCUGGAGGAAGAUGUGAGAGGCAUGGCCAUACUAGACGUUGGACUAAUGUCAGGCUUUAAGCCUGUUGCAGCCGACUUGCAAGAGCUCGUGAACAAAAAAAUUGUGGACCACUAUGAGUUGAGCCAGAGGAGCGUGGUGUUUUACCUCCCAACCAUUCCGGCAGACAAGGAUGUGUGCGUCGAGUUCGGUCUAGAUCAAGAAUUCACCGUGGGCAAGCUGCAGUCGAGCUCCGUUAAGGCCUACGCAUACUACAAUCCCGAUAUAUCGUGCACCAAGUUCUACGCACCGAACCGUUCAAGCCCUUUGCUGAAGAUGGAGUGCAAGGAUCCGGGCCACUCUGAUGUGUGCAUGUGCUUGGAAGGCGGUUGCCCACCCGAGAACUUGCGGGAGAUGUUCACAAAAAACGGGAACGAAGUUGUCAUGACAGCUGAGUGCCGAGAAGCCCUGAGAGAACACGCGUGCGACGAAGUAGAUUUCGCGUGGCUCGGCACAGCGCAGACCAAAACAUACAAAGACGGUUUUCUCGAGGUUCGGUUCUUCAUCACGAAAGUGCUCAAACCGGGCAUCGAGACAGAGGAAGACCUCGCCAACUAUACACGUGUGAUCAAGGCUCGCGACCACUGUGAGUCGUUCCAGAUAAAGGAAGGUAGCGAGUAUAUCAUCAUGGGCAUGGACGCCAAGUAUAAGGUGGAGGAUCUCUUCGGCGAUGAACAAUACGAGUACCUGAUGGACAGCGACACCAUUGUGAUCGAAAUGCCCUCGAAGGAGAACAAGAUAGUGGGAGCGCGCGGAAGGGCGAAGAACACUAAUAAGUCAGGAAAGCGACGCGGUAGAAAGACGGGUCAAAAUCCGGCAAACGAGCCGUGCGACUGGGAUAAGCUUGUCCUCUGGUUCAAGAACGAAUUCUCCAACGAGACGACGCGCUGCUUCACCUGAACACUUACUGGUUUAGCACUACUUUUCUUUGACCUGUUGGGUGCAGUCAAAGGAGAAUAAACACUAGUAACACUUUA